AUGACCAAAGCUCUACACCCCCUCACAGGCCCCCAGCUCACGGCCGCAGCCACCGCAGCCCUAAAGCAACAAUCCGAAGCUCAAGACAUCCACAAGAAGCGCCCCUUCUCCGCAAUUCUCCUUGCACCAGAUAACGAAACCAUCCUCCUGAGCUCGAACUCCCUCUCCCACGUCCGACACGCAGAGAGCGAACUCGCGCGCAACGCAGCAGACAACUACGACUGGACCUACCUAUCGCGCUGCACGCUUGUAUCGACCUGGGAGCCGUGCGCGAUGUGCGCAGGUGCCAUUUACUGGGCCCACAUCGGACGUCUUGUAUAUCUUGCUUCGGAGAAGGCGUUGCAGGAUGUUAUAGGUGUCGGGAACGAAGAGAAUUUGACGUUGGAUUUGCCUUGUCGGAUGGUUUUCGAGAAGGGUCAAUUUGAGGUUGAGGUUGUGGGGCCGCUUGUUGAUGGUGGGUGGGAAGAGAAGGUUGUUGCUGAUAGUAGACGGUACUGGGGGUAG